ACUUGCGCUUUGUGAUUGGUCCGGCGACUUCUGGGAUCUGUCAUGUGUCCCAGGUACCGCCUUACCAUUCACAAACAGCACCGCUUCUUGCGCAUGCGCACUUGGCACCCGGCUGUCAUGCCCAGCGCCCACACUACAGAAGCCGGGAAGACAGCGCGCCGCUGGAUAGAGGAACAGGUAAGGUCAAAGAACAACUCCGCGGAAAGGUAUUCUGACACGGCGGCGGUGGAAAUACCGGACCGGCCGCUCCAUAUUCGCUCCAUAAGACGCACUGAC